AUCAAAACGUUCCCGCCGCGUGGCCUGUAGUUUGUGGAUUUCAGUUGCGGUUUGGUUAUAAAUCCCGCCAUCUCCACAACGAGCGACCAGUUGUAAUACUACCGCGUAUUUUGUAAGGAACAUCAAGGAAAAUGUGAUAAUACUCAAGCAUUUUGCGUCGUCUGAAUGUUUUGUUCGUUAUCGUUUACGCCGGGAAGGUUUCUGAUAAUUUUAUGUCGUGAUAAUUUCACAGCAACGCGUUGAAAACAAGAAACUAUGGCAAACGUAUCCGUUGACAAAGACACAUUCUUUCGGCGUAUGAAGCGUCUUUAUGCCGCAUGGAAGGAUGGAGAAGUUGGUACAGAUGACAGUUUCAGUAAAAUGGAUUGUCUCGUCUCGGCCGUGGGCACAGACGAGGAUAUCGUUUAUAGCAAAUCAACGGCGUUGCAAACCUGGCUGCUCAGUUAUGAACUUACUGAUACUAUAAUGAUCUUGGCAGAGGAAUCAGUUAACUUUUUGGCUAGCAAGAAAAAAAUCGAGUUUUUAAGAAAGCUUGAAAAUCAGAAGUCAGAAGAAACCGGAGUACCUCCUGUAAAACUGCUUGUGAGAGACAGAAACGACGAAGAUAAAGGCAAUUUUGCCAAACUCAUUGAGAUUAUGAAGGAGAGUAAAAAGGGUAAAACAUUAGGUGUCUUUUCAAAAGAAAAUUAUCCAGGUGCCUUUAUGGAUGCAUGGAGAGCUGCUCUGAAAUCAGAAUCUUUUGAUACUGUUGAUGUAAGUGCUGCAGCUGCAUACGUAAUGUGUCCAAAAGAGGAUGCUGAAAUUCUUACCAUAAAGAAGGCGUGUUUAGUGUCCGCGGACGUUUUUACAAAGUACCUUAAGGAUCAGAUAAUGGAAAUUAUAGAUUCCGAUAAAAAAGUUAAGCAUUCAAAGCUCGCGGAAGGUGUUGAUGCAGCUAUAACUAAUAAGAAGUAUGUAACCGGCGUUGAUGUUACUCAAGUAGACAUGUGUUAUCCUGCGAUAAUACAGAGCGGUGGAAACUAUUCUUUGAAAUUCAGCGUUGUUAGCGAUAAGAAUACUUUGCAUUUUGGUGUCAUUGUUUGUUCGCUUGGAGCCCGGUACAAGUCUUAUUGUUCUAAUAUAGUCAGAACAUUAUUAGUGAAUCCCACUAAAACGAUCGAGGAUAAUUAUAACUUUCUUUUACAAUUAGAAGAGGAGAUUCUAAAAAAUCUGGUGUCUGGAGUGAAAAUAAGCGAAGUGUAUGAAGCAGGUGUCAAAUAUGUAAAAGAUGAAAAACCGGAAAUGUUGGAUCAUUUGACCAAAAACUUUGGAUUUGCAAUGGGUAUUGAAUUUAGAGAAAGUUCCUUACUUAUCGGUCCAAAAACUCACGCGUCAAUUAAAAAGGGCAUGGUAUUCAACGUUAACGUUGGAUUGUCGAAUCUCAUAAAUUCGGAGGCUACAGAAAAAGAAGGGAAAGUCUAUGCCCUCUUCGUCGGUGACACCGUCAUGGUUAACGAGGGACAACCUGCUACAAAUUUUACGCCGUCGAAGAAAAAGUUGAAAAAUGUCGGAAUAUUCGUAAAAGAUGAAGAGGAGGAAGAGGAAGAAGGAAGUGGAAAGGAAAAUGAACCUAAACCGGAACCAAUUCUCGGACGUGGAAAAAGAACAGCGGUAAUAGAAUCCAAAUUAAGAACGGAACACAGUUCGGAGGAGAAAAGAAAACAGCAUCAAAAGGAACUUGCGCAACAAUUGAACGAAGUCGCAAAGGCUCGAUUGGCUCAACAGUCUGGUGGAAAGGAACAAGAAAAAAUACGAAAAUCAACGGUAUCAUACAAAAGUCUAAGUCAUAUGCCUCGAGAACCAGAAGUGAAAGAACUAAAGUUAUAUGUAGACAAAAAGUACGAGACUGUAAUUUUGCCCAUUUUUGGUAUUCCUGUACCUUUCCACAUAUCUACGAUCAAAAAUAUUUCUCAGUCCGUCGAAGGAGAUUACACGUAUCUCAGAAUAAAUUUCUUUCACCCUGGUGCCACAAUGGGACGUAACGAAGGUGGGACUUACCCACAGCCCGAUGCCACGUUUGUUAAAGAAGUAACAUAUCGAAGUACGAACACCAAAGAACCUGGUGAAAUUUCAGCACCAUCGUCUAAUUUAAAUACAGCCUUCAGAUUGAUCAAAGAAGUCCAAAAGAAAUUUAAAAAUAGGGAAGCAGAAGAAAGGGAAAAGGAAGAUCUUGUGAAGCAGGAUACUUUAAUAUUAUCGCAAAAUAAGGGUAAUCCAAAACUGAAAGACUUAUACAUUCGACCAAAUAUAGUCUCAAAAAGGAUGACAGGAGGUUUAGAGGCUCAUGUGAACGGAUUUCGUUACACCUCUGUUAGAGGAGACAAAGUUGAUAUUCUUUACAAUAAUAUUAAGAACGCCUUUUUCCAACCAUGCGAUGGUGAAAUGAUAAUAUUACUUCAUUUUCACUUAAAACAUGCAAUAAUGUUUGGUAAAAAGAAACACGUGGAUGUACAGUUUUAUACAGAAGUUGGUGAGAUUACGACAGAUUUAGGAAAACAUCAACAUAUGCACGACCGCGACGAUCUGGCUGCCGAACAGUCGGAACGAGAACUUAGGCACAAAUUGAAAACAGCGUUUAAAAGUUUCUGUGAGAAGGUUGAAAGUAUGACCAAGCAAGAAAUUGAAUUUGAUACUCCAUUCCGAGAGUUAGGAUUCCCUGGGGCUCCAUUUAGAAGUACCGUCCUUCUGCAACCCACCAGUGGAUGUUUGGUUAAUCUCACCGAAUGGCCCCCAUUUGUUAUCACGUUAGAGGACGUUGAACUGGUUCAUUUUGAAAGAGUACAAUUUCAUUUGAAAAAUUUUGAUAUGAUCUUUGUCUUUAAAGAUUACCAUAGAAAAGUUGCGGUACUGAACGCUAUUCCUAUGAACAUGCUGGAUCAUGUGAAGGAAUGGUUGAAUUCCUGCGACAUUAGAUACACGGAAGGUGUACAAUCUUUGAAUUGGACAAAGAUAAUGAAGACAAUUACAGACGAUCCUGUAGGUUUCUUCGAUAAUGGAGGAUGGACCUUCCUGGAUCCAGAGAGCGAUGCUGAAAAUGAGGAAGUGGAAGACGAAGACGAAGAAGUGGAUGAUGCGUACGAGCCGUCGGACUUCGACAGCGAAGAGGAAUCUGAUGAUGAUUCGGAAUACUCUGAGGCUUCGGAAGACUCGGACAGCGAAGGAGAGGAAUUGGGCAGUUCCGAAGAGUCUGGCAAAGAUUGGUCAGAUUUGGAACGGGAAGCAGCUGAGGAAGACAAAGAAAGAGCAGACGAUCAGUUCCAGGAUGAUUACAAUUCCAGCAAAAAGAAGAAAUCUGGUCGGAAGCACUCAUCUUCACCGUCAAAGGACAGGCAUAAUUCAAAGCACAAGAGUUCUUCUAGUAGUAAAGACAAACAUAAAUCUUCAUCCAGCAGUAAAGACAAAAAAUCAUCGUCGUCGGAUAAGCACAGAUCGGAUCGAUCACGGAGUGGGGGAUCACACAAGAAAGUGUCUCCUUCCAAAUCGUCCAAACACAGUCCCAAGAAGAGCGACCGACACGACAGGCACGACAAACACAGAUCAAGUCAUUCUUCUUCGAGCAGUAAGAAACGAUCUCGCGAUGACAGCUCCGAAAGAAACGAUAGAGGAUCAAAGAAAUCCAGAAAAUGAAGAGGAUCACCUACGCACUGAAGAUAAAGCACACUGGAAAAUACAAAAAUCAUGUUGAUUCUAUGGAAAGCUUUCUCAUUUGUGGUAUGCCGAUUCAGUUAUGAGAACGGUACAUUUUCUUGCAUUGACUCGUUUAAACCGCCAACAAACGGUUCGAUAAUGUACUUCCAAGAUGUAAAUCUUUGGUGGUACAGUGAUAAUAAUGUAAUAUGUGUGAACUUGUGCACGAAUAAUUUUUCGUAAUUCUAUUGUACGAAAAGAAUUUCAUUGUCGCUUUUAACUUGUACAUAACAAUCUCUUUUCAACUAAAAAAAAUCGAUAUUAAUUAUAUAAUGUAGUUACUAACACGGAACAUCUCAUUCCAUCGUUCGUUUUGAUAGUAUCCAAAUAUAUUUCUAAUAACGAUUUAAGUUCUUAAAUUAAAGUGUAUCAAAGAAUCGAUCAAUGUUCAUUCUACAGAUAGUACGUGAGACGUGUACUUGUAAUACGGUCUCAAUGCAAGACAAUGCACUAGUGAUAACUAUCGUACAUACGUAUACAUAUAAAUUCACUAAGCGAAGAAAGCUGAAACGGAUCAAAAUCUUUAAUAAUUAUGUUCGCAUAGUUUUGAAAUUUGUACCUUGGUAAACAAAAUAAAUACUUUUUAAGUUCUUUAUUAGUAAUGUAUAAACAUUGUCACUCAUUACAAAACAUCUAUAAACGAGAUACUUGCCAUUCGGUAUGAUUAUACGAUAAAUGACGUUUUCAGGAUUUUUUAUUUGAAGAGUGUGUCCUACUAAGUGUUUGCAUCAGCGCAAAACAAAUGAAAACUCAUUCAAUCUCGAAGUCUUACGUAAUUACUUUCCUAAUAGAUUUAAGGAAAGUGGAGGGGAGCGUCGAGAUUGGUUUGCGCGGAGGUGAAAGUAAAACGAAAGUGUAACUUUGCAAAACUUUUCAUACCCUUGACUUAUUUUCUUGUUCGGUAUGUUUAGCAACAGAAAUGGAAUAAAUCUUAAAAGUAA